GGAAUCAGUGUGUUUUUUCUAAUUAAAAUUUGACAAAUUGACGAUAUUUACAAAAUAUGUUUUAAAAGAUUUGUUAUUCUUAUUUGAACGUACACAGUUUACUUUAUUUAUUAUGGAUACAAUUUCUAUUUCUAAAAUAACAAAACUUACUUAAUCGACGGGUUUUUCCUUAGAAAUAUUAUUGUCUAUAUUCUACAUAAUGAUAACAAAUACUUCUAAAUUAGCUUUAUCUUUAUCAGAAAAAAUAAGGUCAGUAGUGCAAAAUUCCAAAUGCAACUAUAAAUUGGGUACUGUCCACUUGUGAUAUUGUUGUUAACAAGCUGUAAAUUGUUUGCUACAAAAGUAUUUAACAAAGCAAAAUGCAGCUUAAAUAUAUAUUUCUUCUGUGUGCUUUGAUGUUUUCAUUUUACUAUGUAAAUGGUUUAUACGUAGAGAAAAGUUCUUCACUCUUAGAAUACCAAUAUUGCGGUCAUCGAUUAACACAAAUGAUUUCCCUAGUAUGCAGAAGUCAUGGCUACACACCCCGGAUGUAUAAAAGAUCAUUAGGAGGUAAGUCAUCAUUAAAUUAAAUAUUGUUAAAAUAUAGGUUAACAAUAAAAGUAUAGAUUCAAUGUAAAUUAACUUAAUCAUAUACAGAGUGGCCCAAAAGUAUGGGAACGGCUAAUUAUCUCGUAAAUUACUAGACAAAAUUAUACAAAAUUUGAGAUACGCCUAUUUUGGGAUACGAAUAUUCCAUAUUCAGUUUUUCUUAUAUUACUAGUAACUUUGGUUUUUCAAAUACAUCACCCUGUAUAUUCAGUCAUUAUUGGAAUCUCCUAUUCAAUACAAGUUCAACCAUAUGUAACACUUAUGAUUUUAUGUAAUCUGGAAGGUCAUAAAUACAUAAAACCGAAGUCUGGCAACGCCUAAAUUGUUUCAAUAAAUUUUUUAAUACUAACUAUUUUCAAAUACAUUAAAACGUAACAAUUGAUAGUUUAGAACAUUUUUUAACAUAGUAGUUACGUUAUUAAGUGUUCAAAAUAUGCUCAAUUUGUGAGUUGACAGCACCCUAAUCGAAGGUAGAAUGCGUCUACCACAUUUCUCCAUGAUUGUCUAGAAAUUAUUCGAGAGUCAUCGAUAAUUCAUUGCCUUAGCUCUGCAAGACUUGCUGGUUAAGUUUUGUAAACUGAAUUUUUCAAGUAUAUCUAAUAAAAAUAAUCUUUAGGAUUGAGAUCGGGUGAACGUGGAGGCCAUUCAAUUCUACCUUGUCUACCAAUUUAUCGUCCAGGAAAUAUCUCAACUAAAUAACGCCGAACAUUUACACCAACUAUCUGACGUUAUAUUUCUUUCGAUAAAAAAUGUUAUAUGUGUACAUACUGUACAUGUUAUAUGUUACAUGUUACAUGUUAUAUGUUAUCAACAUAUAACAUGUUAUCAACAGGUCCUCGAAGACACUUCGUCUCAGGACCAUUUUACCUAUGUAGGGUCAUACGUCGCCAUGUUACCAAUUCCAACGGUAACUUAAACAUCAUAAUUUGUAACCACAUAUAAUGUAAAGCAACUGUAAAUUAAUAUCAUUUAAAGGGUUUUGACCCAUAUAUUUUGGUGGCUCAUAGGUGGCUCAACAAUCCGAAAACGUUUUGUAAUAUAUUUGUGAUAGCCCGUUUGGGCAUUUUAUUAUAUACCUUUUAUAAAGGAUUUGAGAUAAAUUAUAUUUCUAUUGCUAAAUAGGAAAUUAACUAAAAAUUUUUAUGUUUUAGGAAUUAUCCACGAUUGCUGCUAUAACAGAUGUUCUAUAGAUACGAUGCGUGCAUAUUGUCCUUAUUAGCCGUGACUGACCUUAAAAAGUUUAACAGUCUUCCUUGUUAAGUUUUUUUUAAUUAAAAAAUUAUUAUGAUUU